UCGACUCGCCCUGUAAUCCUUUUCAUUAGCCAGAGCGCUCAAGUUUAGCUAGCCGCUAGCAAGAAACACCGAGACGGGAGUGUCACAGGGAGCAUAAACUUUCGCCAAACAAAAACAACAAUACACAAGAUAAAUGGCCUCUUUGGGGGAACCUGUCCGUCUGGAAAGAGACAUAUCUCGUGCCAUUGAGCUGCUGGACAAGCUCCAGAGAACAGGUGAAGUGCCUCCCCAGAAGUUGCAGGCACUGCAGAGGGUUUUGCAGAGUGAAUUCUGCAAUGCUGUGCGGGAGGUAUAUGAGCAUGUGUAUGAGACUGUGGACAUAAAUAGCAGCCCAGAGGUGAGGGCCAAUGCAACGGCAAAGGCUACAGUGGCUGCAUUUGCAGCGAGUGAGGGUCACUCUCAUCCUCGUGUGGUGGAGCUCCCAAAAACAGAGGAGGGGCUGGGGUUCAACAUCAUGGGUGGAAAGGAACAAAAUUCGCCCAUCUACAUCUCCCGUAUCAUUCCCGGAGGCAUUGCUGAUCGACACAGCGGUCUGAAGAGAGGAGACCAGCUGCUGUCUGUUAAUGGAGUGAGUGUAGAAGGAGAGCAUCAUGAGAAGGCUGUAGAGCUGUUGAAGGCUGCUCAGGGUACAGUAAAGCUGGUGGUACGAUACACCCCUAAGGUCCUGGAAGAGAUGGAGUCCCGCUUUGAGAAGUUGAGGUCGGCCAAACGCCGGCAACAGAACAACUACCCCCAGUAGGCACCUCUCCUGUGCCCCCCAUGCUGUCUCAUUGUCUUUAAAUCUUCUGCCAUCUGUCUUCCUCGUUCACACUUUCUCACCCUCUUUCUCCAACCAGGGAUUAGCCACAUGUUUGGCACUCCUUUUUUUGUGAAAUUUUCUAAAAAAAAAAAAUUAAGUACAUGCUUUCACACACUUCUUACUCACAGCAUAAACACUACCUUGGCUCUUCAUGAUGUCAAACACGCAUUGCAUUAUUAAGAAUGUGUCGUUUGGGGUGUUGAUUAGUUCGAUAUGCAAGGGGACCAUUGCAAUGUACAACUCCUGAGGUGAAUUGAAUGAAAAUGUCAAAAAGUGCCUCAACAGAUUAUUCCCGCAGCCGGUAUGUUCCCAUCACAGGCUGUUUUGUGGUCCAAGCUCAAUUGAACACUAGCAUCUUACUUUAAAAAUGUGUAACAGAAACUGAACUGAUUCAUCAAUCGAUCGUUGGUUUGUUUUUCUUGUUUGCUUUUCUAAAUAUCUGGGAAUGAAAAACAGGUAAAACAUUUCAAAACCUCAUGUUGGAUUUGAUGAAACAAACAUCCUCAUCAGAACUGUUGUGUGCUUCCCAAAAUGUCAGCUGUAAAUAUUCCAUACUCAAGACAAUUGCUAGACAUUAUCUGUUUACGGACACAAAUCCCAAAUUGUUUACAGCAGACGUUGAUACAAUUAACCAACACUAAGUUGUGAAAUCUUACAUUGCAUUUAGGCUAGUUACAUACGACAGUGCUUUUGAAUGAAUAUUUGUAAAUACAAUGUUUUCAAAAGGCAUUAAGCAGACCUGCCAUUCUGAGGAGAUGCGGGUGGCACUAUCUUGAUAGUUUUCUAAAGUAAAUAAAACAACGUCCCUUCAGAAGCACAGAGAAACGCAAUGUGGCAGUCUGUAGCUCUCAUGCAAGCCUGCGUUCAGUUUUUACUUUUAUAAUUAAUUUCUAAGUUUGCAGCAGAAACACACAGUGUGAAUCUGUAGGGGGCAUCAGCAGUUGUAGUCGUUUUAUUGCUCAUUUAUGCAUUGUUUUAAAAACGCUAUAUGAAUGUUAAUGUGGCACUUGCCUUUCAGCCCGCUAUGGUAUGCCCACUUCACUAUGGUAUGCUAUGCCCACUUCACGCUAAUAAUUACAAAGACCUGCAUCAUGUUUUAGAAUCCAUUUGGCUUAAAUGGAUGUAAGCGUAAUUCAACCAUAAAUGAAGAAAUGAAUGUUUGAGAAUGUCAUCAUGCAAUUUUAUGAGAUGUCUAAAUGAAGCUCAAGUGUAAAUUGGUUCAGUGGUUUGUUUGUUUGUUUCCUCUCUUUAAUUUAUUUGUUUCUAAAGAACCUAAAAUAGAUUCCUUGAGGCAAUAAGACCUUGAGUGUAUGGUUUUGUUUUAGUAUUUUAUAAUAGAAAAAGAACAUGUCUUAAAGGGAUAGUUGAUGAAUCAUUUACUCGUCCUCUAGUUGUUCCAAACCUGUAUCAAUUUCUUUGUUCUGUUGAAAGAAGAGAAAGAUACUUGGAAGAAUGUUAGCAAUUUUUAGUUCAGGACAUCAUUCACUACUAUAGUAGAAAAAAACAUAUUGUAUACUUUUGUUCUGUUGAAAACAAAAUUAGAUAUUUUACAGUUCUUGGAGACGUUUGAGUAUCCUUUUAAUAUUUCGUACUUUGGUAUCAAUGAUGUCCCAUAACUUUCAUUUGCUAACAUUCCCCCGUAUAUCUUUCUCUGCGUUCAUCAAAACAAAGAAAUGUGUACAUGUUUGGAGCAAUCUGAGGGUGACUAAAUAAUGACAGAAUUUAUAUUUUUGGGUGAACUAUCCCUAUAACUCAGUAAAUUGUUCACCCCAUUUAGAAAUCGUCUCGAGCUAGUUGCUAGUAUUUCAGUCUUACCCAGAUCCCUCAGUGGCUGGAUGUUGUUACACUCGUUACUUAAAUUAACUUCAACUUCUUCGUGUUGUCGCCAAAAUUGAACGCUUUGACAUUGUAAGAUUUGUCAAGAGCAAGAAAUGUGUUUUAAAACUACUUUCACACUGCACUUUCACUUUGUACUCAUUUUCACAAAAUGCAACACGCUUGAUGUAUUUUUAACCUCAAACGCAUGUAUUUCCGUGUGUGACACACUAGGAAAAAACGGUCUAUUUUUCUCUGUCUCUCAUUAAAUAUUUAACAUGUCUAAUUAUAGAGGUCUAUGACUCACCCCGAGCUGUGAGAUACGUAGGUGUUUUGGGGGGUGAGGGAUAAAGGGAGGUCUGACGUCUUGCAUGAAAGAACCGUUUCUGUGGUGUAUAAGGUGCUCAGGUUGAACAUUUAUAUAAAAUCAUGAUGUUGAAGCCUCACGUAUUACAAGAGCAAUAAGACUUGAUGUUUUUCCUGUACUCAUCACAAGCAGGUUACUCGCUCCCCGUUUAUACUUGGAAUUGUCCACAGGGGGCUAACAGACUAUUUUUGUAACCUUGUUUUCUUUUGAUAUUUUCUCACUUUUUGAUAAGUGAUUUUUCACUCUUAAGAUCUCUUUUGCGAUAAAUGCUUUGUAUUGAUUUACCUUGACCAAGUUCUCCGUUUCAAGACCAAACUUGCCAGACCUUUAUCAAUGUCUGUUCAGCUAGUUGGAAUUUCUUUUAUGAACCUGUUGUACUAUUAUAAUAUUUCAGGUUUCUGUCCUGCUGUAUUGUGUGAUGUUAAUGUGGAUGUAUAAAGAGUGAUGAAAGUGGUUUUGUUUCGAGAUAAAUUAUACCAUUAGUUUAUGUCUUUA